AUGAGCUUUGCGAGCGUGAACGCGGCCAAGGCGUCCAAGGACGCACUCAGGGCACAUGGGGAGACGGCAGAGGCACUGGAGGCGCGCCUGGUCGGUGCAUACGAGUCGGCCAUUCGGGGCGUCGCCGCGGGACACCGCGACGCAGCCCGGGAGCGGCUGCAAGUGCUGCUGCGGGAGCCGCUGCUGCAGCAACAGCAGCGAGAGGACGCCGGCCAGGACACAUUCGAUGGGAAUGGAAAAGGCCCCGCCGCGGCCGCCGCCGCCGCGGGCCGCCGGCGGCGCUUCGGGCGCCUGCGCUUCCUCGCCCUGCGCAACCUCGCGCCGCUGCUGGGUGACAGCUGGGAAGGGCUCGAGGCGGCCUGCGCGGCGGCGCAGGCGGACCCCAGCGACUGCGAGCUGUGGGGCAGCAUCGCCGCCCUGGCCGCGCGCCUGGGGGACCUCGCGCUCUCGCGCCACGCGACCGAGCGCGCGCUCGCGCUGCGGCCGCGCGCGGCGCCGCCGGCAGAGCGGCUGGUGCUGCUGCUGGGGGCGGCGGGCGACUGGCGGGGCGCGGUGCGGGCGCUGCUGCUGCUGGGGCGGGCGGACGGCGCGCACCCCUGGUGGUGA